AUGGAGAAAUCCGCCAUCAAAUCUGCAAUUGAACAACUCUCCAUACUUCUCGACGUCAAACCUGAAGAUCAUCAGAAAAAUAAUUAUCAUAACGACACCGUCACCGUCACCGCCGCCUCCACCUCUACCAUUAACAUUGUCAUCCCUGUCUUACCUUUCAUUUCUCUCUGCAAUUCCCUUAUUCACGUUCUCGAUAAAAUAGGGCCAACAAUGACGGUUUUGAGGCAAGAAAUUUAUCAGAACGUCCAAGUGUUUGAAAUGGAGGAAGAAUGGAGGGAUUUGGUUGAGAUAUUGAAGAAAGAAGGAAGUGAAGGCAGGGCAAGGACAGGAAGCAGUUGCAGCAGAGCCUUCCUUUGGCUAAUUCGAUCUCUAGAUUUCACAAUGAGCCUAUUGGAGAAGAUAUCAAUAGAACCUGGGAUGAACAUGGAACAAGCUGUAGAGGAAUCCUACAAUGUAACUCUGAAGCCAUGGCAUGGUUGGAUUUCAUUGGCUGCUUACAAAAUAGCUCUGAAAUUGGUACCUGAUACAGCAACCUUCAUCAACAUAAUAAUGGAAAAUGAUGAUAAUUAUGAGACCUUUCUCCAAGACAUUCAUACUUUGAUUCCUUUGCUUUCAGCUUUUCUCCAACAGGCUCACUCCAUUCUGAGACUGUAUAACUUGGAUCGGAUAAAGUCUAAAUAAUUAACCUCUAAAAUUGAAAACAAGAAGGAGACCAGAGUACUACGUGAAGUCUUAUUGGUGUGGUGAUUAUUAGUUUUUUUUUUUUUUUUUUUUUUGAGCUGAUUAAUUUGUUUAUGUGAUGCCCUUGUAAUUAUGUAAUUUUGUUUUACUCUUACUCUUCCACUUUUAUAUUAACCU